AUGCACAAACUGGAGCCUCUUAAAACGAAGGCGAAACUCAUAAAGUUGUUGAGGGUCGCAGUAUUGUGCUUGGUGGUGUGCGCUUCCGCUGGAAAAGUUCGUGAGAAGCGCGGUUUCCUCAGUGGCUUGCACUCCGCUGAAGGCUUGUCGUAUGGCUCCAGCUACGGCGAUUACUCUUCUCCUGGUAUCGGCUACUCCUCACCUGCCAUCAGCUACUCCUCUCCUGCCAUCGGCUACUCCUCACCUGCCAUCAGCUAUUCCUCUCCUGCCAUCGGCUACUCCUCUCCUGCUAUCGGCUAUUCCGGUAAUGCUGUCAGCUACGAAACUAGUCCAGCCGUCGGUUACUCUGCCGGUCCAGCCAUCAGCUACUCCGCUCCCGCUCCGCAAGUUGUAUCCGUGAACAGAGUUGUCAACGUACCUAGGGUUGUGAGCGUUCCCCAAGUUGUGAACGUGCGAAGAGUAGUGUCUGUUCCUCAAGUGGUGUCAGUGAACAGAGUAGUGUCUCGUCCUCAAAUCGCAGUGUUGUGCCUGGUGGCUUGUGCAGCGGGCGGCAGUGUGCGCGAGAAGCGCGGCUUCCUCGGCGGGCUGUACUCCGGCGGCGGCGGAUACUCCGGCUACGAUGGCGGCAUCUCUGCCUUAGGCGGCAUCUCUGGCGGCUACUCCGUGCCCGCAGCUCAAGUGGUCUCCGUCAACAAGGUCGUCAACGUUCCCAAGGUUGUGAGCGUCCCACAAGUAGUCAGGGUCAACAAGGUCGUCUCCGUGCCCCAAGUUGUAUCCGUUAACAAAGUAGUGGCCGCCCCCAGCUACUCUGUAUACAGCACCGGUUACAACGGCGGAUACAGCGGCGGAUACGGCGGCGUAUACGGCGGUGGGUUCGGAAGCGGGUACGGCUACUCCGCCGGUGGUUCCAAUGGCUGGUGGUGA